AGUCUUUGAAAAGUGAUACAAAUCCAAAUGUGAAGUCGACAAGACUGAAGAUGCGCCAGAUGUCGCGUCUUUUUUCGUAUGUCUUUCUCCUCUGGUGGCUUUGCCUGCCGGAUCAGGUUCUGCCCGUGUCCGCGAACCUCCGUGCCUCUCUCCGCGCCGCACAGUUGAACGGGCUACUGGGUGACAGUCACACCUCGGUCGUGUCGAAUGCCGGUCUGUUCCGCUUUACCAUCGACCUGAAGCGGUCCGAGGUCGGCGCGGUCCCCGAGUCGCUUCUGGACACACUUGCGCAGAGUGUGCUGAAGAAUGCGAAGAGCAGUACCACCAGCAUUCUUGGGUCGAUGGGCGUGCAGGAUUUUCCACGCUUGCAGGGGUGGCUGCACCACCCGGGGAGCCAGACCAUCGAGUUCCGGUUGGAACACGAUGCGUUGGAGCGCCGGAAGGACGACGUUUCGUUGGGGAAAGUGGGUUUUUCCAACCCUCUUUGCGGACUAUCUGAGGCGGUCAUGCGAAUCUACUUCGCACUAGAUGUAACUGGCGGCAUUCUUUGCGAGGCGAUCGUUCUUUCGGAAACAAAAGUUCUGACCACCAGCUCCUGUGUGCGGAAAUUGGCCGGGUUGGCGGUGGAUGCGACCUUGGCGUAUCCCGAGGGGAAAACAUCUUUUGCGAUGGCGGAGUGGAUCAUUAUCCAGCAGCACCCCACACCUUCGACGAUACGCAUCCUAGAAACGCUGCAGCGCGGGACUGCCUUCCACAUACACACGCGCAACGGGCUGGUUCGUUCGGACUUGGUUGCAAUCAUCGAAUUCGAGCUUCCGCUGCCUUUGCGUUUGCCUGCCGGCCCGUGCUUUGCAGUGGACAGAGCGGAUGUCGGGCUAGGUAUGAGUGUAUAGUUGGAGAAUUUGGAAGUUAGACUUGUGCUGUGCAUCAAGGUUAAUUUCCAUCAUUUGAAGAAAAAUCGAAAAAUGUAGGGCCGAUCACUGGGCUUCCGACUGGCGACGUCGCCACGCCAAUGUCUCGACACAGCUAUUUCGAUGCAACAACGUUCUGCAGCCGGCUUUCCGUAAGCGCCUGCGGCUCCACGGACGUGCGGCGAUUGCUGUGCGAGCUGGUGCGCGCGAACGCAGACGCGGCGACGCUGUGCCGAGCAAGACAGUUUGCCGGUCAGGGGUCGGUCUUCAAGUGUAGCAACAUUCCGGCCCAGGAAAGUUGCGAGAUCUUUCAAUGCCGGUGGAACGUUGAAGGCAGCGGAGUCUGCUCUGAACCACAGACCGCCGCUCUUGCGCUCACUCUCCCGGACUUGCCGGCCUGGAACCGUCUGACCGCGCGCGAGUUGGUCGGCAUCGAUCCUGUGUGCAAGUUGUCGGCGGAGAUUGCCCAAGCUCUGAACGUCACAAGGGACUAUCUUGUCGCCUCGUCCGAAGGAAGUAACGCGACCUCGACUUCUACUUCAGCUCCUGCUGGUGCUAGCCCGCUCGGUCCCUUUUCGUCGCUGACGGAUCUGGCCUCGUUUUUCUGCUUGCGUGGCGAACGCGUAUUCGUUUGCGACUUGGAUGCGCAAACGCUCGACUGCAGGUUGAAGCCCCUAGCCACAGCCGAUGAUGAGAAGAGCUUGAUACGUACCCGCUACGAAUUAACCGACGAACCGCGAGCCGAUCGAAUGUGCGACGGAGUUAGUUCGCAGCCCGUGGUUGCCGGAAUCCCCUGGGUGAUGCGUUUAAACCGGAAUCCUGACAUCGCUUUUGUCAGUGGGUAUUCACACUCCUGUGGGAGUGCGGAUUCGCAGACUGCAUUGUUUCCAUCUUUGAGCGCUUCUUCGACCAGCACCGGAACUACAGCUGCUGGAAGUGCCAGUGUUGGAAGUCAGCUGCCUAACCUCCCGGAAAGCCCAACUACCUGGCUCCUGCUGAACGAGCAGGCCUGGCUCGCUGUACAUUUGAAUGAAACAGAAAGCUCACCGGGUCCAAGUUUCUUUCGAACGCGACGAGAGUUGAGCACAGCAGCUGGUACAAAUGCGUCCAGCGCCGGCACCGCCCAAACGGUAGAAACGGACGGCAUUGCGGAAUUUUCUGUGCAACUUCCAAUUGACCUUGUAAAGGAUGAGGACGAGCUUGCGAAGACAGCCGUGACGGUCGUCAACGCGGAGAAAGUCCCGAUCUCUGACGUCUUCAACGCGGAGGAUUUGGUGCUGUUCGUUUUGAAAAACAAAGUGCCCGAGCGGGGCAACCUGGAGCAGCCGUCGGUCGGCAUCGUGACGAUGGCGGUGUUGCUUGUAGUUGGGCUGCUGUGCUUUUUCCUAAUUCUUGCGUUUGCGUUCUACUGCUGCUACUUGAAGAAGCGUGGGGAAGAUGUGGUGCGUGACGGAGAAUCAUCCACAACAGGAGAAAGUGGACGUCAACAAGGUGGGAAGAUGCAGAAGAGGCCGCGAGGACCACUGGGAGAAAACACGAAAAACGCGCCCUCGGGCACCAGCAGCGACAGCGGAGACCGAACGCCACAGGGCAUUUUCGAUGAUCAUGGGCACUAUCUGGGCGAAGGCUCGCCGAUUGCGCUCUACGAUUUCGUCGACGUUGGGAUGGAUGAGCAGUUCGAUCGGGAAGAUCCUGGUUUUCUCCAGGGCGAAUACUUCCACGACGAUGUCGUGGGUCAGGACUUUGUCUUUGCGGAAGGCGAGGAAGCGAUGCCGCAAUUCGAUCACGCUGCGUAUGACCAGGAUGGGCAUAUGCAGCCUAUUCACAUGAGUAGUGGCGAGGACCGGCACUUUCAUCAACCUUGUUAUCCAACCGUACCAGAGUUAGAAGAGGUGACGCUUGAGGAGUAUUGUGGUGGAGGACAGGAGCAAGCCUUUCCGGUAAGGCAUGUGACAAGCGAGCGUAAUAUCCAGUUCCUGCAGCACGAGCCACCCUCUGUUUACGACUGCCGUGCUGAGGACGCGAAAUCGGUUGUGAGUAGCCACCAGUACAAGAAUGGCACGAGGCAAAAGUACAACCCACCGUAUGCGAGGGGCGUUGCAAUCGAGCACCAGCCUAUGCAGCCUCUGGCGAGUUUUCAGUACGAAGAAGUGCGGCACCAGACUCCGGAGGAACCCUAUCUGUACCGAGUGCAGCAACCGGCGAAGGCGAUCGUAGAACGCACAGGGGCGCCAGGCGCUGCACGGCGGGAGGGGCCUGCCAGAGGCUUGGGGGAUCAGCAACGGGAGCUGCAGGAAUUGUUCCAUGACACUGGACGCGCGGCGCCAGCGGAACAGAAUGUAGUGCAACAAAGUGCUCUAAAUGCGGGAACAAUCGAACAGCGUAUAGUCAAGUCGAGAUCGCCAAAAGAUCUCUCGAAACAACAUCUUCUAGAAGUAAACCGAAGGCAGGAGCGUCGCUCGAAGGCAGGCCCGAAUCGCCCUGGGAAGUCAAUUCGCGUAACGCGAAAAGCGCACAGCACGGCGUUCGCCCCACCCCGACGCCAGCCCCAAGAGCAGUUCCACCCAAUUUCAAUGCCGCCGCGGCCGGUGCAGGUUGAAGAAGUCGAUGGGCUGACUCUGCCGCGGACAGUUUUGAUGCAGAGAGAGGACGUGGGGCAGGACGUCGAGGCAGGAGCUGCUCUUCAUCCAGAGCUGCAUCAGCAGAACAUUCCAACGCGUAAUUUUUCCGCACAGAACAACAACACCAGUGUUGCGAUGACGAGCACAAAUUCGGAAGAGUUAGAUCAGCAUCAAGCUUCGGGAACCAGUACUAACGACCGAAAUUCCACAUCAACAGCUCACUUCGAAAAGAAGCGACUCAGCAAGCUGCACUUAUCGAAUUCCACUUGGUACUACUCCGACAAGGAAGGUCUCGUCCGCGGCCCGUUCUCGACGGCUCGGAUGCGCAAGUGGUGGCUCGGGAAAAAGCUCAGUCGUCACCUCUGGGUCAAGCCAGACGAGACGUGGUGCCAGGUGUUGAAUUUCAACCCGAACUUGCCAGAAAACCUGGAAAAUCAAGGCUACGCGCCGAUCGAGGCGUUGUUUGUCGGGGAGAAGAAUCUCGCGGCAGCGUUCGCGUCGGAUCUGUUCGGGUAAACGUAAAAAUAACCGAUUUUUGCGGAGCUGCAUCAAAGAAGCAGAGAAGCGUCUUUGAUCUCUAGGGUCCUACAAAUGAAUACUUGUGAGCAUAGAAAGAGCCCUUGGUCCAACCACAUCAAUUCGUGAUGCGAGAAAUUCACGAGAUUGAAAUGUAACAAAAGGAGCAAGUGUGCGAACACCAGCGCGGAGUGAAGUAACUCCCCGCCAAAGAGAACUCCUAACCUAUGAAUGGUAUGGAGGAAAUGAACUUUUUACACCAGUUUUGAGCACGUUUUGAAGAUGGCAGUGUCAAAGGGAAAGUGCGGUAACC